CGGCAGCAACUGUUUGGGAAGAUAGCACCGGUGUAUGACCAGCUGAACAACAUGCUGAGUUUGGGACAGCACAGAGUCUGGAAACGAAUGGCCAUUAAAUGGAGUGGGGCCCAGCCCGGGCAUGCCGCUGUGGACUUGUGCUGCGGCAGCGGGGAUCUGGCAUUCAACCUUGCCGAAGCAGUUGGCUCUUCAGGACAGGUGACAGGACUCGACUUUGCAAAGGAGAUGCUCCAGGACGCGGAGCAGCGACAAAUGUCACUCCCAGUCACAUCAAGGAGUCGGCAACCGCGUGUUAGGUGGAUACAAGGAGACGCGCAGAAGCUUCCAUUCCCUGACAACUCCUUUGAUGCAGCGACCAUGGGCUACGGUCUGCGCAAUGUGGCAAGCAUACCUAAAGCUCUGGGAGAGCUGCAGCGCGUAUUGAAAUCUGGAGCAAAAGUUGCUGUGCUGGAUUUCAACAACUCGACAAACCCUGCGGUUGAUGCCUUCCAGGGGUGGGCAUUGGAAAAUGUUGUGGUGCCCAUGGCGCGGUCGUAUGGCUUGGGGGAAGAGUACGAGUAUUUGCGGCCUUCCAUCAAACGUUUUCCAACUGGCAGGGAACAAGUGAGGCUUGCAAAGGAGGCAGGAUUUGGCAAAGCAGUGCAUUACGAGAUUGGUUUCAGUCUCAUGGGUGUGUUGGUGGCAACAAAAUGA